CAAAAUGGCGCCCUAGUGCUGGGAUGCAAUGCGGUUAUUGCAUGACAACAUGUCACUCUUAAGGAUUUGUGCCUUGGUCAAAUGUCUUAAUCGGCGCAGUUUGCUGGAAAAAUUAACGUCUCGUGCCCCUAUUUCGGAAUGUUGCCAGCGGUGUCUCUCGAUGAGAAAUAGUGCAGCGAGACGACAAGCAGAUACACAUUUGCAUCUUCAGCGAAGAAACGUUUCAUUUUCGGUCCGGAAGACGGAAGAUGCAAAGAAACGUGUAGUGAAACAGUCUCAGCUGUUAGAUGUGCUAGAGGCCAGGAUCCAACAACUUCAACCUGAUGGCAUUGUCGAUGUCCAAAAAGCAAAAGUGGAAUUUCUUCCUACACUCCCCACCAAGAGACACAAACACACCUCUGCCACGAACACACCUCAAGAGAAGCCCGACAUUUCCAAAUCGCCGCAAACUGUUAUGACGUUAUCCUCCCAAUCUCAGCCAACUCGCUGGCUGGAGAAACUAUUUCGAGAAAAGAAAAGCAAGUUGAAAAGACGGAAGCGCCUUCGGGAGAAACUGCAGAAGAAGGCAGCGGAACAAACCGGCGAUGAAGACAUCCCCAAACUUCCCAGCACUAGUUACAAAACUAUAUCAAUCAAAAAGACCGCUGAGAAGAACAAGAAUUCCAAAGUUCAAGCUGCUGUAUCACAUAAAGCCCCCAAAAGCAAACCAAAGAACCAGAAGAAGAAACAACCCAGUUCAAAGGACCAAUUAACCGAUGAGGAACUGGUACAGUUGGAUGAAGUGCAGCUGAGGCUCAUCGAGCAAGGCAGUCCUUGGGCCUUCUCAAAUCAGCCGGAGCAUCUUCUACACACCAGCGAAGAAGCCGUGGGGAACACCCGCUCUUGCAUCUUCUCCUGGCUGGAGGCAUGCGUAUUUGCGGGGGAAAUUGAGCGAGCAAAUAAUUUCCUACUCAGCCAAUACAGAGUUCGGAGUCGACGAGCUGUUCUCGACGCAGACGUCUACAACAUCAUGAUGCGUGUCUGGGCCAAAAAGGGCACCUUGAAUCUGAUUGGCCGCUUGUUUAUUCUGAUGGAGGAAGCCGGUCUGCGGCCAAAUACCGGCUCAUAUUGUGCUGCUCUGGAGUGUAUGGGCCGCAGUGCGCAAUGCUCUCCCCGAGUUAUCUCAAGGUGCUUGACCCACAUGGAGAAGGAUGGCAUCUCUGUGGAUGAUCUCUUCAGCCAAUGUGUGUUCCGGCUCGAUGAAAGAGACAUGGUACUGAAGGCCAUACACACCGUCCAACCCGACUACCAGCCCACCGGUAACCUUACCACAAGCCAAAGCUCAGCGGUGUUGGUUAAGGACUUUUACCAAAAGAGGGAUACCCACCAGUACCCGAAGCUGGAUUUCACUCGAGACGAACUCCAGGAACGUCUCAAAUUCCAACUCAACAUAGAGCAAGCCUGCACAGUCACUAUUGACUCUGUCGAGGCAGUAAAGCCCAUCACAGAAAGCAUGGCCAAAAUGAGGGCGUUGUUUCUGGAGCAGCGGGUUCACUGGCGUAAGGCCCUCCUCCAGGCUUUCCGGGAGGGCAAGAUGAUCCUAGGGAAGACCAACACUAAGGACUUCAGACUCAACCUUUAUCCCUACCUCUGUCUGCUGGAGGACAACGACUAUGUGGAUAUCAUGAUACAGAGCUUUUCCACCAUGCCACCCAGCGGAGAGUCCUUGAUGACGUUGGCCAAAGAUUUGGGCACCCGCGUUUACACCAAGUACUCGGUCUACCAGAAAUACAGAAAUCAGAUGGUGGAAAAGCUAGGCACAAUUUACAGCGCUUACACCGACCUGCUAGCCAAAGACACUGAGGCGUGCAACAUCCUUCCCAGGGAGAAGUGGUGCAAGCUGGAAACGGAACACCCAUCAGGGCCCACGCUGCAGGGGUGGGAAUCCUCCUGGCCGCACAUAGUCAUUCUGGAGCUGGGAACGUACCUGCUGGACCUGAUGGUCAAGAACCUUAAGAUCAAUAGCGACAUCCUGAGCUCCACCUACGAGAGGAAGUCCAUCCCCAUCCUUUACCACAUGUACGCGUUUCGCAGCAACCGACAGGUGGGCUUCAUUAAGCCCCACCCCAUCCUAAUUCAGAUGCAGCAGGAGGCCAUGGAGACGAAACUGACCUUCGACUCGUUCGUGAUGCCAAUGCGCUGCCCUCCUCUACCCUGGACCUCGGCCAAGUUUGGCGCGUACCUGCUGACCCCUGCCAAGCUGAUGCGCACUAUGGAUGGGGCGAGUCAGCACGAGGAGUUGUUGGAAAGAUGCCAGAACCUCGACCCAGUCUUGGACUCCCUUAACCAGCUGGGAAACUGUGCCUGGAAGAUCAACAAACCUCUCCUGGACAUCAUCAUCUCCAUCUUUAACGAUCGGGGCAGCGAGAAGCUCGACAUCCCUCCUCCCAUGUCAGAGGCCCCCAAAGUUCCCCUCUUCAACCCGCUGGAUACAUCUCACACCGCCAGCGACAAGGCCCACAAGAAGCGAGAGGUGAUCAGCACCAGAAAGAAAUGCAACGAGAUGCACAGCUUGCGCAUGGACGCUCUCUAUAAACUCUCCAUCGCCAACCACAUCAGGGACGAGGUCUUCUGGUUUCCACAUAAUAUGGAUUUCCGGGGGCGCACGUAUCCCUGUCCUCCUUACUUCAAUCACCUGGGAAGCGACGUGACCCGCUCUAUCCUGUUGUUUGCUGAAGGGAAGCCGCUCGGGCCAAUGGGCCUGGACUGGCUCAAGAUCCACUUAGUCAAUCUGACGGGCUUGAAGAAGAAGAGCUCACUGCAAGGGAGGCUGGAGUACGCCAAUUCGAUCAUGGAGGACAUUCUGGAUUCUGCUGACCGCCCUUUAAACGGUAAGAAAUGGUGGAUGAAUGCAGAUGAGCCGUGGCAAGCGCUCGCCUGCUGCAUGGAAAUCGCCAGCGCCGUGAGAUCUCCGGACCCGACGCAGUUCGUCUCUCAUUUUCCUGUGCAUCAGGACGGCUCCUGCAACGGGCUCCAGCACUACGCCGCACUUGGCCGCGACGUUAUUGGCGCCACGUCGGUCAACCUCGUGCCCUGCGACGUGCCGCAGGACGUCUACAGUGGAGUGGCGCAGCAGGUCGAGGGGUUCCGAGCCCGCGACGCCGAGAGCGGCCUGAAGAUCGCCCAGGUCCUGGAGGGCUUCAUCAACAGGAAAGUGGUCAAGCAGACCGUGAUGACUGUUGUCUACGGGGUCACGCGCUACGGGGGAAGGCUCCAGAUCGAGAAGCGCCUGAAGGAGAUUGAUGAGUUCCCAAAGGAAUAUGUAUGGGAGGCAUCACACUACCUGGUGCGACUGGUGUUCAACGGCCUCAAGGAGAUGUUCACAGGGACCAGAGAGAUCCAGGACUGGUUGACGGAGAGCGCCAGGCUCAUAUCCAAGGCGGGACACACGGUGCAGUGGGUGACCCCCCUGGGUUUGCCCAUCAUCCAGCCCUACCACCGCACACGAAGCCAGUUGCUCAAUAGUAGAAUCCAACAAAUCAACCUCCGGAUAAACUAUGACAUCAAACAGAGGCCCGACAUAAUGAAGCAGAAGAACGCGUUCCCACCAAACUUCAUCCACUCGCUGGACUCGACACACAUGAUGUUGACGGCGCUUCACUGUCACAGCUUCGGUUUGACGUUUGUCUCGGUUCACGACUGUUUCUGGACGCACGCGCUCACAGUGGACACCAUGAACAAGGUCUGCCGAGAACAAUUUGUGGCACUGCACAGUCAACCCAUCCUCCAAGAACUGUCCGACUUCCUGCUGCACAAGUACUGCUCCCGCCUUACGCCUGACAGGAAAAACAAAAUGUACCUGGAGGACCGCAGGCUCAUGCUGCUUCUGGCAGAGGUACCGCAGACAGGGGACUUUGAUCUGAGCCAGGUGAAAGAAUCCACGUAUUUCUUCAGCUGAGCUUAAGUCUCAACACCAACAGUCUUGGCAUUGAUUUGGAACACGCACUGCCUGCUUUUUCAAGCCCUUCGGUCCUUAGACGUUUGGCAUCCUGGUAAUGAGGCCUCUCUAAGGCCUCUUGUGCGUAAGGGGGCGGGGAUGCCCAGAGAGACUUGAAUCAAGGAAAAGCAGCGGUUUCAUAACAAAACGCUUGCAUCAGAAGGUGAGAGCUGCACUCGUGCUUUUCAAGUGCCAGUGAUUGGCGAUGUGUAUGUGUAGUUGCUGGGCGGGCAGGUGGGCGCGGACCCCCGCCAAUUGUGACUUGUCGUUAUCAUCAUCAUCGACCCAUUUCAUCAGCAUCCAUCAAUCCAUCAACAGCACAUGAGAGCGUUUGAUGCCGUCCACUCUGCCAUUCUAAAAAUAAACUCAACCACAAAGAAAUCCACACGUAAUGUUUUUACCACACUGGAAAGAAAAGAAAGUUGCUUAUUUACAUAAUUUAAAAAAAAAAAAGUAUUUUUAAUAAAAUAAAUUUCCAAGAAUGGAUGAAGAAUAGAUAAAUACUUAGAUUUUGUUGAAAAUAAUCCUUUAAGGAUUUUUUGUUGUUGGAAAAAAAAAAAAAACUGAAAAAUGAUUACUUCUGA